GCUGUGAUUGGCGGAGAGCUUGGUUCGUCAGAGGGGCGUUCAGAGGAGCAGGAAACAGAAACAGUAGAAGCCGUGAAUCAGAAGGGCUUUAAACUUUAGAAACGAUCAGAGAUUCAAUCAAUCAAACAUUUCUACCUUCUUCAACAGAGAGAGAGAGAGAGAGAUGGGGGGUCAGGUGUCUUCGUUGGAUGGGGUCCAUGUGGUAAUAGUUGGGGGGGGAUUUGGUGGCAUCGCCGCCGCUAAGCAGCUGAAAUCUCAACGAAUCAGCUUCACUCUGAUCGACCUGAGAGACUCUUUCCAUCACAACGUGGCGGCGCUCCGAGCCGCCGUCAAGCCCGGCUUUGCCGUGAGGACGUUCAUCCCGUACGGCGAGACGUUCGGAGACAGCUUCGUUCAGGGGACAGUUGAGAGAGUCGACACGGAGAGACAGACAGUCAUCCUGCAGGGAGGGAGGGAGAUUGUGUACUCUCACCUGAUCCUGUGUACCGGACACGGAGUGUUUCCGCCAAGUUCAACAGCCGUGUCCUAUCAGACGGCCGUCCAGACAUACGAGGACUUCAUCACCCAGGUGCAGGCUGCAGCCUCUAUCUUGGUGGUAGGUGGAGGCUCUACCGGUGUGGAGAUGGCUGCUGAGAUUAAGACCGAGUAUCCAGACAAGAAGGUGGUUCUGGUCCACUCCAGAAUCGGGCUUUGUGACCCGGAGCUUCUGCCCAGCGUCAGACAGGAAGCCAAAGAAGUUCUACUGGGGAAAGGGGUGGAGCUACUGCUGGGUACACACACACACACACACACACACAAGAAGAUGUAG